AUGACACCAACAACAGACAUUAGUGCCUCGACCCCUGGCAGCGCCGUGCUCAUCACCGGCGGCCGCGGUGGCAUCGGCCGGGCGCUUGCCGAGGGCCUCAACGCAUGCGGGUUCUUCGCCAUCGUGACGGUUCGCAAGGUCGAGGACGUCGUCGCACUCAAGGCUGAGGGCCUAACGGCAGUGGUGAUGGACGUGACCAAUUCCGCCCACACGGAGCCGGCGGUCAUGAGCGUGAACGCGCUGCUGGCAUCUCAAAACCUGCGCCUCGUUGGCGUCAUCGCCAAUGCGGGCAUUAACCCCGAGGGCGAUCGGAUCACGCAGGCGGCAGGUGGGAAGACCCCAACCGAGCUCAGCGAAGCCAGCGUUGCGACGGCGAUAUUCGCCACAAAUGUCGUGGGCGUGGCCGUCACGGCGCGCGCGUUCCUGCCGAUGUUGCGCGAGGCCGGCGGCGCCGGCCGGCUGAUAAUUAUCGGAUCAUACUUCGGCACCAUAGCCGGUGCGAUCGGUGAGGGCCACGCGUACUACGAAGCCUCCAAGUUUGCGGUGGAGGGCCUCUGCGAUAACCUGCGGCGGUCAGAGGCCAAAAGGGGCGUGGCGGUUAGCCUCGUCAAGCCGGGCAACAUCUCCACGGCCAUGAACGCCGUACACGGCGAGGAUCCGCCCGAGGUGGUGUUACGCGCGGUGCGGCACGCGCUUGGCUGCAGGCCGCGGCACCGCUACCACGUCGGCCGCGUGAAGGGCAUGGGCGUCUGGCUGCUCUGCUGGCUCUUCAAUCACCUUCCGACCUGGCUGACCGAUCGGCUCCUUUCAUGA